ACCAGAAACAAGAGGCGACGGCUCCUGCUCUAGCACCUUGGGACCCUGCAGCGCCUGAUUCUGUCCACUGGCCACUGGCUCGACCAUCGAGAAUGGGACCAUCUCAUCCGGCCGUUGUGCGACGCGGGGGUCGAUGGAGGUGGCCCCUUGAGGUCCUGAGGUCCGCCCGCAAGACAACACUGCCAAUGAGCGCCAUUGAGAUGCUCUGAUGGACUCCCUCACCUUUUGCCAUCGGGAUUGUUUCGUAGACGGCCGGCCAAGCUUACCACUUCUCGCGCGCCCGCCACCGUCUCACGGGCCAUGUUCGGGCUCAUCGUGUGUGAACCUGUGCAACGAAACGAAUCUGACCAGACACAGAUGGACAGGCGUGGCUGGAAUACGAAAGUUGCCGGGCAAGCCACCAGCCACACACGAGCUCUUGGGAAGGGGCAUGUACCGGUACAUGAGCCCUUGGCCGAUUGGGCUGACGGAGCCAAAUCGGCAGCCAUCGGCCCAUAAAAAGGCCUACUCUGUACCUAUAAAACGGGCACACAAUGAGCAAGUGCGAAUUGCUUCAGCACCUCCUUCGACCUCCAUCUGGGUGUGCUCGUAUAAGGCCAAGAUACGGGAGGGAGAGGGCAAAACCUUGCCAGGCCAGGCAAGAACGAUCAUUAUGCCGUAACACUGCAGAGGCAGCAUCAGUCGUAGCUGCAGCUGCUCCGUACUCGUACCUGCCACUAGUGGCCAGUAGCAGGCGUUACCAAAAAUAGCCUAUAAUUCCAUGUGGG